ACAUUCUUCCUUGGCUGUCCAUUCCUUUUUCUAUCGUUUUUUGCUUUCCAAAACAUCUCCUUCUCCCUCUACCUUUCCUUCCCCUGUUUUCUUGAUGAACUUUCUUUCAUGGACGGGAUGGGGUCAAAAAUAAAUGGGAUGUUUUCAGGGCGGAACAAGAAAUGUGUCGGUGGUGAAACCAGAGGCAGUAUGAGCCCUGAGGCGUGGGAGAUUAGGCCUGGAGGAAUGCUGGUUCAGAAGCGGGAGUUGGGUUCGGAUCAAAACUCUGUUUCAGUUCCCAUUAUUAAGGUCAGAGUGAAACAUGGGUCUAAUUAUCACGAAAUCCGUAUCAGUUCUCAAGCAAGCUUUGGGGAGUUGAAGAAAAUCCUGGCGGAACGUACUGGAUUGCAUCAUGAGGACCAGAAACUGAUAUACAAGAAAAAGGAGAGAGAUUCCAAGGCGUAUUUAGAUACUGUAAGAGUGAAAGAUGGAUCGAAAAUGGUGGUAGUUGAGGACCUGGCAAGUAAAGAGAGACGGUGCCUUGAGAUGCUGAAAAAUGCAAAAGUAGAAAAGGCAUCCAAAUCCCUGUCGCAAAUUAGCCUGGAAGUUGACAAAUUUUCGGAACAGGUAGCGGCCAUGGAAGCAACAGUUUCUAGAGGAAGCAAAGUUGCAGAAGCCGAUGUAGAUAAAUUAAUUGGACUCCUGAUGACAGAAUUGGUUAAACUGGAUGAACUGGUUGUCAAUGGAGAAUUGAAAUUGCAGAAGCAAAUGCUGGAGAGAAGAGUGCAGAAGUAUAUUGAAACUCUUGAUGUGUUGAAGUUGAAAAACACAAUGCCUAAGAGCAAUAAUGCGGGCAACAAAACCCCACUGAAGCAACAAGACAUAUCAAAUGGGCAAAUGCCUAAACAGGUACAGGAGAAGCAGAGGCAAAUUCCAGUGCUGCUGCAGCGGCAACCUAGACAGCAAUCUGAGUCAGUUAUCGUCACCACGAAAUGGGAAACUUUUGAUUGAUUAGUGGAGGUGCUGAAAUGGGAAUUCUUUGAGUAAGUUCGUGAUUUGCAUAAUGGUUCUGAGAUUAGCUCCACAGGAGACUAUGAUUAAAAUUCAGAAUGUCAAAUCUUCAUGUGUCGGUACACGUUUCCUUUUAAUGCCUUUGUGAGAAAUUUGGUUGUUGCAAAUGUACAUAGCAAACGAUGCAAAGGAAAAGAGAAAAAAAAGGAGUAGAGGGUUCGAUGAUAUCAAUGUGUAGUGUCAAUUAUUGACUUCUCCUUUGCUAUGGACCACAAAACAAUUUGAUCAGGCUUUUAAAGUCGUAGAUUGUAUUGUAUGUUUAUGUAAUUAAUAAAGAAAAUGAAUGAUC